CGACUGAUGACGUAUAUGGUUAAAUUGAUUCCGUCGCUGCACGAGGGGCUGCUAAAUAGUGAUUGAUCCUUGCAUUUUUGAAAUGGGGAAACAGAAGAAGCAGAAAUAUGCUGCUAUGAAAAGAAUGAUCAGUUUAAAGGAUCAAAGAUUAAAGGAGAAGGAUCGAGCAAAAACAGAAAAAAAGAAGAAAGAAGAUCCUUCAGCCAUUAAGGAACAAGAAGUGCCAAAGUAUCCAUCAUGUCUGUUCUUCCAGUACAACACUCAGCUUGGUCCUCCCUAUCACAUCCUUGUGGAUACAAACUUCAUCAACUUUUCAAUAAAGGCAAAGCUUGAUGUAGUCCAAUCAAUGAUGGACUGCCUGUAUGCUAAAUGUAUUCCUUGCAUCACAGACUGUGUCAUGGCUGAGCUUGAGAAAUUAGGAAUGAAAUACAGAGUUGCCUUGAGAAUAGCCAAGGAUCCUCGCUUCGACCGCAUGCCAUGCUCACAUAAAGGAACAUAUGCUGAUGACUGCUUAGUGCAAAGGGUGACUCAGCACAAGUGUUACAUUGUAGCUACAGUGGAUAGAGACCUAAAGAGGAGAAUUCGAAAGAUCCCAGGAGUCCCAAUCAUGUACAUCUCUAAUCACAGGUAUAACAUCGAACGGAUGCCAGAUGAUUAUGGUGCACCCAGGUUAUAGGGUGCUAGCAAGGGUUUUGUUUUGUUUUUUGUUUUAUUUUUUUCAUACUUUAUAUCACCCACAUGUAUAUUAAAGUGUUUGCACAUU